AUGCUAGUCAUUCUUAUUAUAACCAUUAUAUCAUUUAAAUAUACUUAUUUGAAUGCACAAGAUGUUCCAUAUGAUGGUAAUUGUACUUUUACGCAUGAUUGUGCUAAUUGGCGUGAAGGACGUGUAAUAUGUGAUGAAAAAAAAACAUGUACUUGUAGACAACCAUAUAGUACAACUCAAGGCAAUGUCUUUUGGGAUAGUACAGGUCAUCGUUGUGUUUAUUGUCCGAUUAGAUGGUUUCAAAGAGAAGCACGUUGUUAUUAUUUCGAAGAUCGCACAACGUCUUGGUCAGAUGCGAGACAUCGAUGUCAAACAGUUUUCAAAGCUGAUUUAAUUACUUUUAAUAGUCCAGAUGAUUUAGAUUGGUUGCGAAAACAUGGAACAGCAAUGACUUUAGAAUAUAUUUUUUCUCAUGUAGGAGAUUCAUAUUAUCGUCGAUAUUGGAUAGGUGCAAUGAAUGAACCAUUUGUUAAAUUUGGUCAAUUUUCAUGGAUUGAUAAUAACGGAUUUCAAUUUAAUCAAAAUAGUUCAAUGUGGUGUAGACCGGGUGUUAAUGGAGUGCCAUUGACAUAUAAACAACAACCAACAUGGGAUGAAAAUGGACUACAUCAAACUCGUGUUGCUCUUGCUCGAUGGAAAAGUUUAUUUUAUAACCAACAACCUGUUCUUUGCUUGGAUGAUGAACAACCAGGUGAACUAUUAUCACCUGCUUGUCAACGAACAUCAGCUACUUUUCAAACAAAAUGUAACGAAAAUAAAGAUGUCUGUCAAAAUGAUGGUAUAUGUACUGCAGUAACUGAAAAAGAUAUCAUCGCUUGUGAUUGUACGGAAACACCAUAUGGUGGUGCUUAUUGUACGGAAAAUUGUGGUAAUCUAUCAUCAUAUUGUCAAAAUGGUGGUAAUUGUACGAAAUCAGGGGAUUGUGUGUGCAAUUCUUUGUGGACGGGAUUACUUUGUGAAACAGCUAUAGAUCCAUGUCUAUCAAAUCCUUGUCAACAUAAUACAAAAUGUUCACAGAUGGAUAAUACAACUAAUUUUAUUUGUGAUUGUGAAGAUUCGGGUUGGACUGGCGACUUAUGUGAUUCCAGUGAAUAUCCAUGUCCAGCUGAACGUUGUCAUAAUAAUGGUCAAUGUAAACUAAAUGGCCGAAAUAAUUUUACUUGUAAUUGUUUAAAAACUGGUUUUCAAGGAAUGUUUUGUGAACAAGGUUGUUUAGAUACCGAUAAACCAUGUCAAAAUGAAGGAUCAUGUAUAAAUAAUGCAUGUACUUGUAAUCCAUUGACACAAGGCGAUUUUUGUGAAAUAAUCAUCGAUAAAGAUUCCGUAGAAAUAUUCUAUCGACUGUUAGUAUUAUUUUCAUUAUUGGUUUAA